AUGCAUUUCCUCCGUCACCUCUCCCUCGUGUCCGCCUGGGCCCUCUGCACCUCUGCCCACUUUAUCCUCCAAUACCCCUCCUCCCUCGGCUUCAACGAUGACAAUGAAGGAACUGCGCCAUGUGGUGGCUUCGACGUCGUCUUCAACGGCACCGACGACUCCAUCCCCGUGGGCGGCUUCCCGGUGUCGAUGCUGAGCACCCAUCCUGCCGCUGACUGGCUUUUCCGUGUCACCCUCGACCAACAAGCGCCCUUUAACUGGACCAACCUGCUCCCGGUCGUCUCAGAGACUGGCCUGGGUCAAUUCUGUCUGCCGCAACUUGUCGCCCCGGCUGAGUUUGCUGGCCAGCAGGGCGUUGUGCAAGUGAUCCAGAAGGGUCCUGAUGGUGUCUUGUAUCAGUGUGCGGCAGUCAACUUUGUCGACGGCAUCAACUCAACCGUCAGCUCCAGCUGCACAAACGUCACCGGCCUGACGGCAACCCUCACGAACCAGAAUGACUUCGACACCAGCUCAUCGUCAACUGCAGGAACCAUGUCAGCAACUGCAUCCCCUUCAGCCUCUGCCACCGCCUCAGGAGGUGCCGCCUCGUCCAGCUCAGCCGGUAUGGCUGCUCCGACCACCGGACCUCAAUUGAUGCAAGGUCUCAUUGCUGCCGCUGGUCUCGCUGUUCCAUUCUUCCUGUAA